AUGGCAGCCUAUGCAGCCUUGGUUUCUCUAAUGCAUCUCAUUGAUGACAUCGAAAACCAUCCUUCUCCUCCCAUCUCUCUCAACAAACACCAAACUCGGUCUCUCACUCAAAAUGUUCACUUUCUGCAGGAAUUUCUGCAAGCUUACAAGUCCCCCGUUUCCGACAGCGACGAAGCAGAUCCAUUGGAGAUGCGUAUCGCAGAUGCAGCUUAUGCGGCUGAAGAUGUUAUCGAAUCUCACAUUGUCCGCAAGAUCCAGCUCGAUAGAUCAUCCAAAGCAGCCAAAACCGGAAGCUUCUUCAAUUGCUUUCGAGGUCCAAUGGAUCCCGGAAAUGUCUCUUCAAAUCACGGUGAUGGUGAUGAUGAAGCGGAGAAGUUGUAUCAAGGUGUGCAAAAUGUGAUUGAUGAAAUGGAUCGGAUCAAGAGAGUGGCGAUGGAGGCCAACACUGAGAAGGCGGUGAUACUCGGUGAUCAAGGGCGGAGAUUCGUCUCUUCUUUUUCUUCCACUGGGAAGAAGAGUAGUGGCGUGAUGGUGUUCUCUGAUGAUGUCUUGAACGGGAUCAUGGAAAAGCUCGUGGCGGAAGCACCCGGUCGCCAAGUCAUCCCCAUUACUGGUAUGGGGGGAAUAGGUAAGACUGCUCUGGCUAAAGAUGUUUAUUCGAAACAAGUUAUUAAAGAGCGUUUUGAUAUUUGUGCUUGGGCCACUGUUUCCGAACAAUUCAAUAGAAGAGAGAUUCUAUGUGAACUUGUUUCUCAAGCUACUAACAUAAACAAGAAAGCACUAGGUGAAAAGAGCGAAGAAAAAAUAGGAUUUAAGCUAUACCAAUUUUUGUCGGGUAGAAGAUUUUUGAUUGUAAUGGAUGAUGUGUGGAACAUCGAGUCUUGGGAUGGGAUACAACAUUUCUUUCCUAACAAUGAGAAUUGUAGUCGGAUAGUGGUGACGACUAGACUAUCACAAUUGAGUCCUCGAUUAAACAAUCAUUAUAGUCACAAAGUUGAAUUUCUCGAUGAGGGUAGUAGUUGGGUCUUGUUCUCUAAAACUGUAUUUGGAGAUGAACAUUUUCCUUUGGAAUUAGAGAAAAUUGGAAAGGAAAUUGUAAAGAAUUGUAGAGGACUUCCUUUAUCAAUUGUUGUAGUUGGAGGUAUUUUGAAAAAUGUGGAACACACACAAGAACGUUGGAAAUCAAUAAGAAACAACUUAACUUCAGUGGUAAAUUUGGAUGAUAAUAAGCAUUGUUUGAGAUUGUUGAAAAAGAGCUACAAUCAUUUGCCUGUCUAUUUAAAGCCUUGUUUUAUAUACAUGGGCAUGUUUGAGGAAGAUGAUGCAAUUAAAGUCUCAACGCUAAUCAAACUAUGGAUUUCUGAAGGAUUUCUCAAACCAGUAGAAGGAAAAACUUUGGAAACAAUUGGGAAAGGGUUCAUAAAGGAUUUAGUUGAUAGAAAUCUCAUUUUAGUUGAUUGGUUGGGUAGUACCGGAAACAUAAAACGAGUCAAACUUCAUGAUUUGCUGAGAGAUGUAUCAGUGAACGAGGGCAAGAAAGAAGGAUUUUAUCAUGUAAUAGGAGAAUCUAGUCCCCGAGGCAUAAAUAGCCAACGGCGCGUUGUUAUCCGCAGGAACACUUCAAAGGAGAAAGUCCUUGAUGAGUUGCAAUCUAUGUCAGAUGUUCGUUCCAUUAUUUGGGAGCAUGGAAAAGUUCCACGAUGUCUAAAUAUUAGAUUGUUGAGGACAAUACACGCACAUAACGAAGAAAAAAAUUGGCCGAAUUCUCUUGCGUCUCGGGAUGUUAACUUUUGGCACCUUUUUGGUCAUAUUGUGGGCGAACCAAUCUGUUUUACUGCCCAUCAAUUAAUCUUGACAAUGGGCACAUGUGAAUCCAAAAACUGUGUGAAUUCUCUUGUUUCUCGGCAUCCUAACUUGAGACACCUUGGUGUCGAAGUUGGUAAAUGGUCUUCAGUUUUUUCUUCUUUCAAUCACCUUUGGAAUCUACAGAGAUUGAUAGUUUACAGUCUGCGUAGAUGUAAUGUGCCUAGUGAGAUGUGGAAAAUGCCUCAACUAAGGCACAUUGAGAUGGCAGGGAGAAAAUUUAUUCCGCCAGAUCCUUCAAGUGAUAUUGUCGUCAUGGAGAAUCUUGUAGUACUUGAGGGAGCACGUAAUUUCAAGUGGGAAGGAGAGAUGGUUAAGAGAAUUCCCAAUAUUAAGAAAUUGAGGAUACAAUAUUCAAGUAGGAAGGGAAAGGGAUAUGAUGAUUAUUACCGCCUGAGCAAUAUUGAUCGUCUGUGUAAAUUAGAAUCUCUCGAUAUCUUGUGUUGGUUUGAUUUCAGAGGGAAUGCCUCUUUGUAUAAGCUCACCUUUCCCCAAACCCUAAAGAGUUUGAAUCUUCAAAUGGAACAUCACUUUGAAUGGGAGCCGAUGUUGGAAAAGAUAGGUUCGUUGCCCCUUCUUGAGAAGUUAAAGCUGUGGUUUGGAUGCUUCGGAACAGGCAAGUGGGAAAUAUUCGAAGAUCAAUUCCCUUGCCUCAAAUACUUGGGGUUGUUUGGGUGUCAUCGCUUGAAACAUUUGACUACAGAAGCGAACUCCAUUUUCCCAUGCCUUGAGAAGCUUCACCUUUAUGAUUUGAAUGGAUUGCAAAGUAUCCCAUCUGAAAUUGGAUACAUACCGACUCUCCAAUGCAUAGAGAUGAAUCUUCCCAACGAAUCAAUGGUGAAAUGUGCAAAAGAGAUUGUAGAGGAGCAAAUGGAUUUACAAGGAGACAAUCUUCCCUUUCGUAUUAAAGUUUGGCAUCGCAGGAAGAACCAAUCAAUCCGGAGUUUCGCAGGUCCCAACUUUGAAGUAUAUAUAUUUAAUUACAAGUAUUGGCUUUGA